AUGUCCUUCAAGAAGAAGUACCCUUGGAUCCAGCUGGCGGGUCAUGCAGGUAGGCCUUGAUAACGCUGCUUCUGGAAUGUGGGGAUUCUGGGAUAAGGCUAUGGAAAUGUGUGUUCUGUGUUCCGCUCUCCUUCUCCCAGCUGGAUUGGAUACGCUACAGUGGCCAAUGUGUUUGGAAUUCAAAUAUAGUCUCAUGCUAAGCAUCGGGAUAUACUUCAUAUAUUCAAAGGCACAGUACUACAAUUAUGGCAUAGCUAAGAGUUUCAUCCUAUUUGUAUAUACUGUAGCUAGGAUACCUGUAAUUGAAUAUUCCACUCAGAAUCAGAUAAGACAUUUUCUUUAGCACCAGGACCAAACAAAGUAAACCUACUGUGGCCUACAAAGUAAACCAGGCCUGCAACCUCUACUGUAGUUUGUCUAAAUGUUUUUAUUGCAUAUGAUGGUUCCUCUCAGGCAGUUUCAAGGCGGGGGCUAACGGGCGGAUCCUGAAGAAGCACUGUGACUGUGAGCAGCGCUGCCUGGACUGGCUGAUGAAUGACGUGCUGCGGCCCUACGUACCGGCCUACCACGGAGACGUUGAGAAAGACGGGGAGAAGUACAACCAGAUGGAUGACCUGCUCUCUGAGUUCGACCUGCCCUGCGUCAUGGACUGCAAGAUGGGUGUCAGGUGAGUGUCGGACACUGGAUUGACACACUUUCAUAGGCAGGUGCAUCUCUGGGUUGAAGUUACAAUUAGGCACAGAUCUAAUCUCAGUUUACCCUGUGGAUAUCCUAAACUAAAGUCUUAGGGGGUUAAAUGAAAAUCGGACUUUGUUUUUACUAGCAACCUAGACGGCAUGGUAACUCUCAGAUCUCUUUGUUCCAGUUUCACAGGUUAGGGUAAGGUCCAAUAUUUAAUCAGGCAGACAUCCAUUAGGCCUAAGGUCUAGGAGUGACCAUCACCCUCCCCAUACAGUGAAGAGAUCGUCCUGUAGCUAGCAGACAGCCAGCUGGCCCCUCUCUCACACCAUGACUUAAAUCAGCUUGUGGGGAAAGUGUUUUGAACCCAAUUCCAAUCCUUUGGGUUAAUUAUUGGGCUGCUGAACUCCACAUACGUGUUACAGUUGUCAAACUCUCCCUUGUUAAGUUUACAUCAGAUGUAUACCAGAUAUGGUUUAUAAUUGUUCUCUCCUGAGCCACUUUGAAAUGCUAUUAGUGACCAGUGAAAUAUUGUAAUCUCUUCCGAGCCACUUUAAACUGGGUGCUAACAGGUCAGGCCUGUUUUGAUACAGUAUCCUAUCCUCUAUUGCUGAAAUGAAUAGCCGUGUUGCACUCUCCCUGCUCUCUCCCUCUCCUCUCCUUUCCUCUCUAGCACAGCUGUGUUUGCUAAUGUGAACCUUCUCUGGAAGGGCACUGCAUUGCAGAGAUGGACAGAGUUAGAGAUAACCAGAUGGCCAGGAUAUUAGCAAAUUAUAAACCGGCCUGUCCAAACACAACAAUGUGGUGCAGCUCUAACAGACUAAAGCCUGGCCUGUUAUUGAGGUAGCUGGCUGCUGCAGCACGAAUCAGAAUUUGAAUCUACAAAGGAAAGGUUGAGAAAACAAAGGCGGGGAGAAGUACAGGGAUGAACUGAGGAAAAGGGAACCCCUCCUGUCUUCACUGCAAUAAAUCUUCUAAAGUAUAUUAUGUGAAGUAAAACAGUUGCUCUUCUUCUUCAUUCACAUGUUGGCUCCUGGGACAUGAUCAUUCACUAUAGCCAUGACAAUACUAUAACAGCUUUGUCAAACAAGAAUUAUCGUUAUUGUAUUGCACAAUGUGGCACAAUAUAUUGUACAAUGAUAGUAUUCUAAGAUGUAGAGUACAAUUAUCCUUUAAUUGUCCCAUAAAAGGAAAUACAUUUUGUUGCUGGACUUGUAACACCAUAAAACCAGAAAAUCUUAUUUAACAAGUCAGUAUCAAACAGACAUGAGUGAGUAAUCUCUCUUUUGCUUCUCUGUCCACCAAAGGACAUACCUGGAGGAGGAGCUGACCAAGGCCCGUAAAAAGCCCAGUCUGAGGAAGGACAUGUACCAAAAGAUGGUGGAGGUGGACCCCCUGGCACCCACGCCAGAGGAGCAGGAGCAGCAGGCGGUCACCAAGCCCCGCUACAUGCAGUGGAGAGAGACCAUCAGCUCCACCGGUACACUGGGCUUCCGCAUCGAGGGCAUCAAGGUGAGCCAGGGGGACCGUUGAACUUCUGUUUGAAUGGACACUUCUAUGCACCAUGAUAUACAGUAGAGUGAUGCAUUGUAACGUUUACAUUUCAGUCAUUUAGCAGACGCUCUUAUCCAAAGCAACUUAUAGGAACAAUUAGGGUUAAGUGCCUUGGUCAAGGGCACAUCGACAGAUUUCUCACCUUGUCACUCAGGUAUUCGAACCAGCGACCUUUUGGUUACUGGCCCCACGCUCUUAACCGCUAGGCUACCUGCCAUCAUACUCUCUAAAACCCACUUAACAGUCCAUUAUUGGGAAAAUUAAACACUAUAGGGAAGAUGACAAAAUCUUGCAUAUGCCAGUCUGUACAUUCGGUAGUUACUAGUUGAAAUGAUAAACGGUAAAAAAAAAAAAAAAAAAAUCUAAAUCUAUCCAUAAGGAAAAAAGUAAUAAUGCGAAAUCGAGAGUGUAAUUCCACUUGUAAGGGCUGACCGUGAUGGUCCUGCUUGGUUUGCAUACAGACAUACCCUGCAGUCGCCCCUUAAUAGCAUUCCUCAUACUAAGGGUUGCCAGGGCCAACAGGAGGGGAUCCCUUCUCUUUAGUCUUAGUGUGUAUAGGCUGUGUUUAAUGUUUUUGUCACACAUAGGGCCUGCUUGUGACACCUCUAUUGACAGUAACAUCAGUUGCUGAAGCACCCCCUUCACUCCCACACACCAUCAGUCUCCUCCAAGCUGACACUAAUAGAUUCAGUGCAGCAGCAGCAGACAGACAGACAGACAGACAUUUGGUCUGAUCGUGUGAUUCUGCCUGGGUAAAGCUAAGCAUACUAACAAUCUUAUUUGUAAAAAGCUGGGAGCAACAACAACAAAAAAGAGCAUUCCUGCAGCAUAUCCUUCCUAGGCAGUUAGACUACACGAGGGUAGUCUAAUUCCUCCUAAAGCCAAGAGGGAGACAUCCUGGCCAUGUUUGGGCCGUAACACCGUCUUCCAGAAUCUGUCUCCUCUAAUGAGGGCCUGUGGUUUGACUCUGGAGGGCUAAAGACAGAUGUGCUGGAUGAAUAGUUCAGACUGGACCGACAGCGUAGGGAGCAGCAGCAGGGCUGUCCGGAGUUUUCCACUCCAGCCAUGUCCAUAGAUGGCUGCGCCCCGCGGGGCUCCGCUGGCUCUCUCUGUUGUCAUGACAUCAGGGGUUGCCCUCGGAGACUGUGUGUGGAAUCAAAAGGCUCUCUGAGUUUUUAGAGAGCACACAGCUGCUGUUGUCUCUGUUAGGCCCCAGCUCAAUGCCAAUAUUUUUGCCUGCCUGCAUAUUUACAUUUGGCAGACGCUCUGAUCCACAGUUACAGUUAGUGCAUUCAUGUUAAGAUAUUCAUCUUAAGCUAGGUGAGACAACCACAUACACUAUAUAUACAAAAGUAUGUGGACACCCACUCAAAUUAGCUGAUUCAGCUAUUUCAGCCACACCCGUUGCUGACAGGUAUAUCAAAUUGAGCACACAGCCAUGCAACCUCCAUAGACAAACAUUGGCAGUAGAAUGGCCCGUACUGAAGAGCUUAGUAACUUUCAACUUGGCACCGUCAAAGGAUGCCACCUUUCCAACAAGUCAGUUAGUCAAAUUUCUGCCCUGCUAGAGCUGCCCCGGUCAACUGUAAGUGCUGUUAUUGUGAAGUGGAAACGUCUAGGAGCAACAACAGCUCAGCCGCGAAGUGGUAGGCCACACAAGCUCACAGAAUGGGACCGCCGAGUGCUGAAGCGCCUAGCGCAUAACAUUUGUCUGUCCUUGGUUGCAACACUCACUACUAAGUUCCAAACUGCCUCUGGAAGCAAUGUCAAGCAUCGGCUGGAGUGCUGUAAAGCUCGCCACCAUUGGACUCUGGAGCAGUGGAAAAGCAUUCUUUGGAGUGAUGAAUCACGCUUCACCAUCUGGCAGUCCAACGGACAAAUCUGGGUUUGGCGGAUACCCGGAGAACGGUACCUGCCCGAAUGCAUUGUGCCAACUGUAAAGUUUGGUGGAGGAGGAAUACUGGUCUGGGGCUGUUUUUCAUGGUUCGGGCUAGGCCCCUUAGUUCCAGUGAAGGGAAAUCUUAACGUUACUGUAUACAAUGACAUUCUAGACGAUUCUGUGCUUCCAACUUUGUGGCAACAGCUUGGGGAAGGCCCUUUCCUAUUUCAGCAUGACAAUGCCCCCAUGCACAAAGCGAGGUCCAUACAGAAAUGGUUUGUCGAGAUCGGUGUGGAAGAACUUGACUGCCCUGCACAGAGCCCUGACCUCAACCCCAUCGAACACCUUUGGGAUGAAUUGGAACGCCGACUUCCAGCCAGGCCUAAUCGCCCAACAUCAGUGCCCGACCUCACUAAUGCUCUUGUGGCUGAAUGGAAGAAAGUCCCCUCAGCAAUGUUCCAAAAUCUAGUGCAACGCCUUUCCAGAAGAGAGGAGGCUGUUAUGGCAACAAAGGGGGGAUCAACUCCAUAUUAAUGCCCAUGAUUUUGGAAUGAGAUGUUUGACGAGCAGGUGUCCACAUACUUUUGGUCAUGUAGUGUAUCUACUGAGACAGUAAAGCACACCGUUGUGGUAGUGUUCGAAUAUGUCUACAUUAAGUAUGUGCUGACGUCCUCCUGUCUAAGCGAUAUGAUGCAAAACAUUGGGCUAUUUUCCUGUUUUGGUCACCUCUUUCAGCAGGGUUUUGCUGCGUAGAGAAAUACCUACAGUGUGUAGAAUAGUAUAGUAAGUUCCACGUUAUGGGUCUGACUUUUGAAGUUAUUUAGCCUCCCCUUGAAUGAUAGAGGCCAUUUCUAUAAAGCUAGCAGUGUGUGUCACAUAAUGUAGUUGUUGGAGGCCCCAUCCUGCUGAAACAUUCAGCUCUAAAUAUAUCUGCCUUUCUUUCUCUUUCCCUUUGCAGAAGGAAGACGGGACAGUAAACAGAGACUUUAAAAAGACCAGGAGCAGGGAGCAAGUGACAGAAGCAUUCACCGACUUUGUCAAAGGAAACCAGAACAUCCUGGUGAGUGUGUGUACAUGUGUGUGUGAGUCUCCCGGUGUGCGCGUGUGUGCCUCCGUCUGUGUGUGUGAGCCAGAGCCCCCUACCGCUGUGGCAGACCUCCCUUUGCCAUGGUCUAAAGGCCAAACUUCCCCCUCUCUAAUGGCCCAGGAAGUGAGCUAUGUGUGAUGUGGGCCUCCCAGGGUUCUGGAAACAUGGCUGGGAAAGGAAAGGGAAAAGGGGAUACCUAGUUAGUUGUACAACUGAAUGCAUUCAACUGAAAUGUGUCUUCCGCAUUUAACCCAACCCGAAACUAAACAAUCAAACAAGAUUUCCUCCAUUCCAUUCCACGUUGGUUUGUCAUGUGUUUAUCUGGCACCACUAGGCUCAAGCCAAGGCUGGCAAGCCCAGGCAAACACCCUCUAUCUGUCAUUGUGUGGUGGGCCUUGGCCCCACUGUUGUGUACUUAACUGUCACUCAUGUGUGGUCUUCAUCUCUCUCUCUACUGAGCUGAUCUGUUGGCCCAUAAGGUUUGCACUAUGGAGUUAUCAAAAUUCACUCAAUGGUCUGUUUAUGAGUAAUGUUGUCUAAUGAAUACAGAUUUAAAUUCAGUUCAAUUUUGGGGUAUUCCUAACGUAGUUUGCACAUUAAAUAACACACUUUCACUCCACCUAUAUCCUUUAUCCAGUAUAACAAUAGUUUAGUUGAUGUUUUUCUGUGUGGUUAAAAAUAGAGAAAACCUUGACCCUUGAAUGAAUGAAAGCUUUUAGAUCAGAUUUUCCCACGUCCCUGGGUAGAUUGAAUAAUACCUAUUUUGUUCUCGCCUGUCUGUUUUUAGAACUGUUAUCUGGACAGACUGAAGGAAAUCAGGAACACUCUGGAAAUAUCAACCUUCUUCAAGACCCAUGAGGUAAACAAAACUAUUUUUGUCCUCUGCUGGUAUUUUAUCUACAGUUGUAACAUUUACCGAAAUGGAAGCAUUUGAGAUCCACCCAUAUACCACUCAACUGAUACAGGAGGCUACAAUAUGUGCAGUGGAAAUACAUGAACAAUGGCAUCUACACAAACACCAACCAAUCACAGGACAUUGUUAUUCCAAACAGGAAGCAUAGUCAGGCUCAGGCACGUGAACAGAUAGGGCUCAACCAGUGCCCGAGCACAUGCCCUUUUGCCCUCCAAUGAAAAAGUACCCUUGCAGCUCAGUGGAUUUUAUGUAUUACUUUAAAACAUUUCGUUUUAAUUUUAAAUGGAACGAAAUGCACAUCAAACUGGCUAAAUUCAUAAGCUCUUGAAUCUCAUAAAAUGUCCCCCUCCCCCGCCCCAAGAGCGCACUCCUCUGACUUGCAUGCAGUGGCCACUGGCUGCGGGCGCUGGGCAGGGAGACUUGAAUACUGGUAGGAGGCUACUUUUGAGUUGGAUCAGUCAUAUGUGUCUCUCACUGUUAGAGACAAAGAAUGGGGCAUUUCCACUGCUUCUUAGUAAGAGGCAGAUGUCAGCAGCAGAACAAACUCAAAUCAAGUAAAAACAAGUUUGUUUCAACAGCAUAGCUAACUAUUACAUCAUCAUUCGCUCUGAUCAGCUGAUAGACACCCGAUGUCAAUCAUCUAGGCCUAGGAGUCACUGGCAUUAGCUUGCUUACAAUAUGUGAUGAUGGCUGUUGUUGCAGAUAGGCCCAUAAAUUGUUGGCCCGCCCCCCCCAAAGUUCUUGUGCACGGCCCUGGCCAGGCUCCUGAAGGUGCUGUGGCGUUUCAGAGGAAAGGUUGAGACACAGGCCCUAGAACAAACCUCUUUGGAAUAACCUAUGUCCUGCUGUUUAGCUGGAGUCAGAUACAGGCUGUGUAUGUUAACUCCUCAGAUAUACCUACUGUAUGUGACACCAGUGGGUCUUUGUAGUGACAUUUGACCUAAACUCAGGAAUAGCUGAUGAAUAAGAUUAUUUGGACUCACAUUUACGUCAACCAUCUGUCCAGACAUACUGUAGUAAGACCAUAGAGAUGUAUAGAGAUCGCAAUGUUGUAUCUGUGCCAUUAUGGUAGUCAAUUUCUUUUGAUGUUUGAAGAAAAAAAAGUGUAAAGCUAAUAUUGGUGACUUACUGCCACCUGCAGUGCUGGAGUCUUGAACCAAUACAAUAAUCUGGAUUGUACUGGUAUGUACAGGAUAAUGUUUUUACCUACCCAAUGCCUUAAUGAUUCUUUAACUACAGAAAGCAUAGGAUCAUUAGAUCAAAUAAGUUUCUGAACCUCCAAGUCAUAGGGUAAAGUUUAACAGUAAAUGAAUGUGUACAGUGUACUUUGAAGGAUGUUGAUUUAAUGGGCAGUUAUUUACUCAAUGCCGAUAACAAUCUUUACAUGAUUAUAUAUGGCGAUAUAGACCAUACAAAAUGCUUCAUUAGGCUUCUCCCUUUUUAUUCUUAGAUGGCUACCAUACACACGUUUUCAUCCUAUUGGUUCAGGUCUGCUGCUAGUUUGUGUAUUUGAUAGAGCUUUGUGCUGCCAGAGAUCUCAGUGUGUUGAGGACUAAGAGGGAUCCAUCUCUCCCCCUUCCCCAGGUGAUUGGCAGCUCACUGCUGUUCGUCCAUGACAAGCGGGAACAGGCCAAGGUGUGGAUGAUAGACUUUGGGAAGACCACCCCUCUGCCUGAUGGACAGGUCCUGAGUCACAGAGCCACCUGGGAGGAGGGCAACCGUGAGGACGGCUACCUCUAUGGCCUGGACCACCUUAUAGACAUUCUCACCCAAAUGGUGGUGACCUCAGAGCCAGGGCCAGACCCACUCUGAGAGGACCGUCCUGUCACCUCUGUCAACCUCGACCCUACCCCACUGGCAGGACCACCACCUCGCACUACAGUGACGCCUCUGGUGUCCCCAAAAAGCUAUCCUUCUCUCCCUCCCUCCCUUAUUCCCUCUCUUCCCUGGCCCCAGAAAACAAACUGUAACCACACAAGUGAAAUGUGAUCACUGUUUUGUGUAAACUUGUAGAUUCUGUACAUACUGCUGUACAGUGUGUUUCUGUUCUGAUGAGACCAUGGGUUAGGUUAGGUUCUUUCUCUGCAGCUAGUCUCGUGACAAGCCUUCUUGAGAUUUGAGUUGGUUUUGUUUUAUGAGAGUUAUUUUAUAACAUUGUAGAGCACUUCUUACUUUCAUAGAGGAUUACAUUUAUUAUGUGUUAAAACUUAUAUGGUGCUUGGCCUUGUGGUGAAAGAGAGACAAUUGAAAUAGUUAUAUUCAGCAGUCGGGCACUUCCUGUGUUUUUAAACUAACAUAUAAUUUAACAUUUACAGAAAAUGUCAAGGGUCAAUAUUACCCUUUUUAGCUGAUAGGAUUGCCAUAAUCCAUGUCCUUCAUAUAAUUUUAUUUGUGAUACCCCCUUGCAGAAUUCUCCAAUGUUUAUUAUUAGUUUGUAUCUCAUUAUGUUACAAAAGCUAUUGUAAUAGUGUACUUGAGACUGUGUGAUGUGAUGUGCCUAUCUAUAUUAAUUUCAGUGCCUUCAGAGUGAAAGUAGAGAAGGUGGCAUAAGUAGAUUGCACUCCGUUAUGCACUUAGAACCUAUUUUAUUAAGGCUAAUGUUGACAUUCCUGUAAUCAACCAUUGAGGAGUGACUAUGAGUUCAGAGGUCAAUGUACAUGAAGCAGAGGGAGUGGGCGACUGCCUGGUCUCUAACAGGAAGUGGCCCUUAAACAAGUGAGAAUGAGUUUGCGUUCUAAAUAUUCCAAGUUCUUCAGCCUUUCAGAACACCUAAAAAGACCAGGUUUUAUUCUCGUAUUGUCAUGAUUCCCUUAGUCAGAGGUGGCAUCACCUGUGAUACUCUGUCAUUAAUGUAUAUCAAUCAAUCAAUCAAUCAAUC